AUGACAACCAUCCUAAGAACUAGAAAACCCAAAACUAAUAGCUUUACUUCCAUUUUGGAUCAGAUCCUCAAUAAAUACAAUCUAUCUGCCAAAUCAAACCCGCUUCAAUUACGUGCUCAUGCCGAUGAGCUUGGUACUAUGCUACCAGAUUGGAAGGCUCAUAAAGAUGUGAAAGAGGCUCUUCGCCGGCGCCUAUUCAAAAACAAUCAAAUAGAAGCUCUUGUACCGGACAAAAGGGGGAAAAAACUUACUAUCAAGAAAAGAGCUCAAUAUUGUGCAAAAACUAAAGAUGUGUGGGAUAUUUGGUUACAUGCUUUAGACUUAGCUGUUCCAAAAAAUAAUACAGAUGAGGCGAUUGUGGCGGCCAGUUCCUAUUUAUCGCAAUUUCAUAAAGAAUUAGCAGAAGCUGGAAUUGAUCCUGAGCAAAUUAAUACAUAUGCCAAAUUACCAAAUGUUACUCAAGCUUUUAAUAAAAUUCAGAAGAGAAAACUUGAACUGGGAUUAAUCAGUAUUGAGAACAUUAUUAUUCAUUUUGGGGGUAUUAUUAUUGGUCUUGGAGGUAUUAAGAGAGUUAGUCUUAGAGUUGUUAGAAUAGUUGGUCUUGGAAGUAUUACUUUUAUUGCUCUUGGGGGUGCUGGAUUUAUUAAUCCUGAUGGUGCGAUAUAUUGA